CCCUGGCGUUGUACUUGUACACACUUGUACCUGAUCAAAACAAAUAUCAGUACACCUGUGCGCGAUAAACCCCUAAAAAACCCUAAUCAACCCACUCCCCAGCAAUUGCAAUGGCGAUGCUCUCGAUUCUCCGUCGCCGCAGCGCCCUCUCUCUCUCCUCCAUCAUCCUCUCCCCUUCUCUCUCCUCCUCCUCCUCUUUCUCGCCCGCCCAUCUCUCCCACUCCACACCCCCAAACCCUAACCCUCCCCCCUUCCUCCCCUCUUUGCUCCGAUCUUUUCGCUCAACCAACAUCUCGCUUGCGCGAAAUGCCUAUCCCAAUGACGAUGACACGAAGUUUGGGCCCGAUGAUAUUUUGUUCGAGGGGUGUGAUUAUAAUCACUGGCUUAUUACUAUGGAUUUUCCCAAAGACCCCAGUCCUUCGCCUGAGGAAAUGGUGGAGACUUAUGUGCAGACUGCUGCCAAAGUUCUCGGGAGUGUUGAGGAGGCGAAGAAAAAAAUUUAUGCAUGUAGCACGACCACUUAUAAUGGUUUUCAGGUUCAGGUGUCUGAGGAAGUGUCGAAGAAGUUUGAAGGUCUACCUGGUGUGGUAUUUAUAUUGCCAGAUUCUUAUAUUGACCCAGUAAACAAGCAAUAUGGAGGAGAUAAAUAUGAUAAUGGAGUAAUAACACACAGACCGCCUCCUGUACAAUAUGGAAGACAAGGAGGACGGUUUGGUGAUCGAAAUAGAGAAUUUAACCGGCCAAGUCGUCCUCGAGGUGAAUAUCAACAGCGAGAUCAGGCUUUUGAUAACAGAGGACCUAGUCAGCGAGAUCAGGCUUUUGAUAACAGAGGACCUAGUCAAGCGAGUGCAGGGAACUUUAGGCCACCACAAAAUCCUACACCACAGCAGAAUUAUGGUCCACCUAGAGUUGCCCCGGUGAACAAUUCUGCUGGUGGUCAGGAUAAUUAUCAGGGACAAAUGAGAGACCAAAUGCACCCUAACCAGGGAAAUUACAACCAAAAUCAAAGAGGAGAUUCUUACCCUCAAGGGCGAAGAAUGUCGUCAGGAGAGUUUAAUAACAAUGCACCUCAACAAGGCAUAAAUUGGCAGGGCGCUGGUGGCAAUCACGGGCAGACUGCUGGUGGCAAUUACGGGCAGACUGCUGGUGGCAGUUACGGACAGGGCGCUGGUGGCAGUUACGGGCAGGGCGCUGGUGGCAAUUACGUGCAGGGCGCUGGUGGCACUGGUAGUUACGUGCAGGGCGCUGGUGGCAGUUACGGGCAGGGUGCUGGUGGCAGUUACGGUCAAAGUGCUGGUGGCAGUUAUGGGCAAGAAGGUGGUGGCAGUUACAGGCAAGGAGCUGGUGGAACUUAUGGUCAGGGGGUUGGUGGCUCUGGGCAAGGUGUCAUCGGCAAUUAUGGACAAGGUUCAGGUGGCUAUAGUGGACAUGUUUCUGGUAGCAAUUUUGGACCAGGUGCAGGUAGCAAUUACGGGCGGCAAGGCACCACAGGUAGCUAUGGGCAAGGUAUUGGUGGAGAUGUCCCUGUUCAAGAAAAGUUUCCGAACUCUGGUCAUAAUAAUCCAGUACAUGGCGAAAGCCAGAGGUUCUCAGAAGGAGAGCAGAUGAAUGACUUUCAGCAGGUGCAGCAAUAGAACUGUAGAAAGCUAGAGAUGAAUCUGGUUCUGAAGAUUCAAUUUACGCAGGGGAUGGUCAAGAAAGAUAUGUGCAGAUAUAGCACACCUGAAGUAGUUAUUUGAACGAGGAUAGAGACAUAUCUGCAGAAACAGCUCUGUUGGCAGAUGAAAAGUUGUUUAGACCCACUGUGUGUAAUUUCUCUUUUACUUGCCUCUCUAGUGGUUAUGUGUGCUAAAAUAUGCAUGGUUAAUACUUAAUAGUCUAUUUUGCAAUCUGCAAAACUCGUACAAUUUUGAAAGUAUUUUACCGAUGAAAAGUUGUUUAGACCCA